AUGCUGUCGCAAUCAUUCUACCUACUUGGAGAUGCUCCAGCGUCCGCAAAGACUAUCGCGGCCGAUGAGAACGCUUCUCUAGACGACUUGAAAGACCUAAUUGCGUCGCACUUCGCGAUUGUUGUCGCCGAUGGUGUUGGCUUCACUCGUGGCGAUGACGCUUUGUCAAAUGUCAAGGAAAUCCUGUCGUCUGAAGAGGCCAUUGCCAUUUCAGUAGAUGGACAUGCGGUCCGCGCCGUUCCUGGGCCAAAGGGUCUCCCCUACAUUGGCAACUUCUUUGAAGUAUUCCCGGACCAUUUGGGCAACCACCAGCGUUUGUUCGAAAAGUACGGGCCAGUGUUCCAAACCACCAACAUGGGUGGAACGAUCUACCACUCAAACGACCCAGACAUUGCUGCGAUUGCAUUCGCUGAGUCAGAUUUCUUCACCAAGAAGAUCACUGAGUCGCAUCCGCUGUACGGCAUCAAGACACCAGAGGCUGGCGUAUUCUUGGGUGACACAGACACACCUGAGUGGAAGGUUACACACAAGUUCCUGCCACCUGCUUUAGGUCCUAGGGCUGUACGACACUACGCCCCCACCAUGCAAAAGACGAUUGAGAGCGCGUACAAGGUCUUCGACGAACUUGAUUCGAUCGGUCAAUCGUGGAACGUGUACAUCUAUAUGCUAAAGCUCGGUUCGCAAGCUGUGGCAAAGCUGACCCUCGGCAUGGAUAUGGAGCACUUUGCACAUAAGGACGCCCCUGUACACGAGAUGGUUCAUCUCAUUGCUGAGACAUUACAUCUGAACAAGAAGGUCACCUCGUACGGUAGCUGGUACGCUAACUUGCCCUUCGGUGACCCCAAAUUGUUGCGAACAAAGAAGGCUCGUAUGGAGGUCUUAGUCGAGGAGCAGAUCGCCAAAGCCCAGAGUGGCGGUGUUGAGGACCUUCCAUUGCAGGAAGCUGCUGAGCGAGCUGCAAACAUGGUUGACUACGCAGUCCGUGCUACCGACAAUAGGGGCGAGAAGCUACCAAAGACAAGUUUAAGGGAAGCACUUGUCGUCGCCACAGGUGCUGGAUUUACCACAACCUCAUCUCUGCUCUCAUGGCUGAUCUACGGCCUUGUCACAUACCCCGGUGUCCAGGAAAAGCUGCUGCAAGAGCUUGUAGACAAUGACUUCAGCGACGACAUGGAGAUCACUGCUGAGUUUACAGACAAGCUCGUCUACCUGGACCGCUUCAUCAAGGAAACACAACGCCGACACAACCCCUCAUUCCAGCCUGGCCGAACUGCCAAGGCUGACCUGAUUCUGCCCGGAGGAUACAAGGUGCCGAAGGACACUGUCAUCAUUCCUGCUCUCCAUCACAUUCAUAACAACCCUGCCCUGUGGGACAACCCGGCCAAGUUCGACCCUGACAGGUGGGACACACCUGAGGUGAAGAACCGCCACAAGGCAGCAUACAUUCCUUUUGCGGCUGGACCUCGCAUGUGCAUCGGUUUCAACUUCGCUCUGCAGGAGAUCAAGAUAUUCUUGCCUAAACUGAUCUACCGAUACAAUUUCGUCAAGGAUGGUGACGAGACCAUUGAGUACGACCCUAUGUUCCAGCUGAUUAGGCCCAACAACUUGCCCAGGAGUGCAAUUUCGGUGUCUGCACGCACUUCUCAAUCUGUAGAACCAUCGCACAACAUCACAGAUACCGGAAACUAUGCGCCUUUGAGAGGACAUAUGCAGGCAUUGUCUCCGAGCUAUGCUUCUCGGGCCCACACUUCUCACGCACCUGCGCCUGUAGCGUUCGGCGCGAUCAACACACUACACGAUGAUACGCAUACCCGUCUUGACUCAGAGCGCCAGAGAGAUUUGGACGAGGAGCAAAGUGGAGCUGAGCUUUCGUUUGCGGCAAGAGGGCAAGGCAACUCGAACUCAGGCACACCUUUUUAUACUGGAGAACAGCCAGGCGUUACUUCUCUGAUCGAUGUUCGAGAGCCUUUACCACGGCACAUCAUGCUAAAGCCCAAUCCUCCGAGCGUUAUUCCGCAGGUUGACCAUGAUUUCCUCCAGCGCAAAGGCGCGUUGAGUCCCUUGCUCAUGUACUCCCAUCAGGAGGUUCUUCGCGCGUACUUCCAUCAUGUACACCCCAUGCUGCCAAUCUUGCAUCUUUCCAAGCUGCAGGAAUUCGAAUUGCCAAAUGCAAUUACACCUCACGGCAUGCUAUUGUACUGGAGUAUGGCUGUAGUAGCGGUCAACUUUGUUCCUAGUGAUGUGUGGAAGGCCGAAAGCUUUACAUCAAGGAAGCAUAUGAAGGAUACAAUGUAUAAUCGUGCGAAGUGCAUGUAUGACAAUUCCGGGGAGACCGACAAAGAAGCCCUUUUGCAAGCCGCGCUUCUUCUAUCCUUCUGGCACUCGGAGAGAGACAGUCACUCCCAGCCAUGGUAUUGGAGCGGUGUUGCGAUCAACUGGUGCCAGAUCAUAGGUUUGCAUCGCGAUCCGGAUGCUGCCAGAGUAAACCCACUAGUCUCGCCGCAGCGCCGCGACUUAUGGCGACAAUUAUGGGCCAGCUGCUUGGUUCGAGACCGCUGGCUCAGUCUCACCCUCGGAAGGCCCCUUCGAAUCCGUCUAAGCGACUGCGACAUGCCUUUCCCUAUCUUAAAGGAUGUCUUGAAUGAUUUAGAUACAUUGCCGGCCAGGUUACGGGACCUCUACGUGCCUAAGGACUUGAGUGUCAUGGUUAAGCAUUGGGUCUUGUUAAUCCAGUUAAGCAGGAUCCUAGGCGAUAUUCUUUCCCUCUUUUAUCAGCAGCUGGGGAAGCAGCCAACGUUAUCACAGUUCGACACCCUGGAGUCUGAGCUGAACGCAUUCGUGGUUCCCGCAUCUCUCAGUGCUCAUCCAAGUCCGUUAGCAUCCUUCAGCUACUACCAUCUUCAGUUACACCUUCAAGCGACUUUGAUAACAUUCUACCGUCCGUUCGUGUCGACAGUACCUGAAGGCCUCUCUUCUGGAGCUGAGGAGUCCUGGAUGGCCCGGGUACGGAGCCGUAUGGAGAGUGCGGCGACACAAUCGAACGGUAUUCUUGACUGUAUCGCCCGUGAAGGGCUCGUGAGCUUUGCAACCCCAACGACCCCGCCGCUCCUCGUACCAGCUAUGCACGUUCACCUCCUAGGCUGCAAGUCUGACAACCGCUUAACUCGUCGAUUAGCGUUCAAUAAACUCGAGAUGUGCAUGACUGUCAUGCGCGAGCUGCAGAAGACGCACACUUCAGCAUCGAUUUUUUGCGGGGUCUUUGGUGAAGCUAUUCGCCAGCUCAUGCCAGGACCGUUAGACGAAACGAUCUGGGGUGUCACUCAAAUAAGACGCCCUUCGACAGCAGAGACAAUGGCACCUGGAAACACUCAAGCUGCCAAUUCCGACGACUUUUCUCCGCAGCCAAUCGUGACAGAUGACAUCCUGGAAUCUCUGCUGAACGAAACCUCAACGUACAACUUUUGGGAGUCGAUGAAUAUGCCCGAUCAAUCUUUCAUCGAUUAUAAAAGAUGCUAG